UUUUAUGCUCCUUGGUGUGGUCAUUGUAAGAAAUUAGAAUCAACAUAUCACCAAGUUUAUUUAGAGUUGAAAAAUACAGCUGUGAUUGUUGCAAAGGUUGAUGCAACAAAGUAUCCAACACUAGCCUCACAUUAUGAUGUCAAAGGCUACCCAACCAUCAAAUUGUUUGUACUUUAA